AUGGCCAAAUCCAUCAUCAAAAAGUACAAAUACUGCAAAGGAUACCUAAGCCCAGCCUUCAGAAAACAAUUGCGUUGCUCCAGCAUCAAUUUUGGCCAUAGAAAUUACUUCCUCUACAUAAAGAGGGUCAUGAAGGAAGUCGUUCCCCAGAGACACAUAUCAGCUCGCACUGUGGACAUCUUGAACAUCCUGAUCAACGACCUCUUUGAAAGAAUUGCUACGAAAGCCUGCCACGUGAUGUAUUCCAGAAAUCGCUGUACCCUCACCCUUGAAGAUCUCGAGGAGGCCGUGUAUCAGCUGUUGCCAAGGAAACUAGCUGAGUUUGCAGUGGCUUUUGGAAAUGAAGCAGUCCACAGAUUUUUCCACUCUUAA